AUGACUUUUGUUUACAUAGUUAUAAAUGUAAAUACAAAACAAUAUUGCUAGUUUUCAUUCAAACUUAAUGUCGAAAGGGCUUUUAAAUUUUAAUAUUUUAAAUAUGAAUCUGGAUUAUUUCAGCUAUGUGUCUACGGUAUUUUUGGUGACGUGUAGUUAUAUCGUAGAUGCUCGUGUAACAGUAGAAGUGGGGUUGUUAGAAUACAGAUAUCUACACUAUAAAGGGAAGAAUUGUGACAACAUUUUUGGAUUUAGAAAAUGUGACCCUUUCUUCAAGGUUUGCCUUAGUUCAUCAUCUAUUAGUUGUAAAUCUAACCAGCAAACGACGACUUCCACGGAUAACAAAGAUUAUCUAAUUGAUAUUAUACAUCAAAAUGAUAUCAAACCAAAUCCAAUGUUUUUCCACUUCGUUUUUCUGCCGAAAAGCUUUAAAGUUGAAGUUGAAAUUUGGAAUGAUAAUCCUAUUAGAGACGACUAUGUUGAUACAGCAGUUUGGACACACCAAGGCUAUGAUCAUAUACAUGAGAAUCGUACACUCACAGGCAGAAACUCUGAGGCCAGUGUGAUGAUUUAUGUAAUUGUGCGAUGCGAUAAAAAUUAUUAUGGACAGAAAUGCGAGACACAGUGUAUCCCAACACAGAAUGGACACUGUGAUAGCAAAGGAACGCUCAUAUGUGACACGGGUUACACAGGUCCAAAAUGCAACAUUUUACAAACAACAACAAAAACAACCCAGUCACCGACAACAAAACUGACACCGAUAAUAACAAAAAACACUAUGUCGUCAACACAUCUCGGAAAAAAAUCAACAUUUUCAUCGACAGUAGCCAGUAUGUCUUCGACAAUAAAAUCCACUCAGACAACAAAAUCAAAAGAGCCUACAACAAAAUCCACGACACCAUUGACAGUAAAACCAACCACACCAUUAACAACAUCGACAAUAUCAGCAACCACGUUAUCCACAUCAACAUCAACAACACCAACAUCAAAGUCAGUCACACUAUCGACAACAAAGUCAACCAAACCGUCAACAACAAAGUCAACCACACCUUCGACAAAGAAGUCAACCACACCGUCGACAACAAUGUCAACCACACCGUCGACAACAAAAGCAACCACACCAGCGACAACAAAGUCAACUACACCAUCGACAACAAAGUCAACCACACCGUCGACAACAAAGUCAACCACACUGUCGACAACGAAGUCAACCACACCGUCGACAACAAAGUCAACCACACCGUCGACAACAAAGUCAACCACACUGUCGACAACAAUGUCAACCAAAUCGUCAACAACAAAGUCAACCACACAGUCAACAACGGCAACCGCACCGUCGACAACAAAAUCAACCACACUGUCGACAACAAUGUCAACCACAUCGUCAACAACAAAGUCAACCACACCGUCAACAACGUCAACCGCACCGUCGACAACAAAAUCAACCACACCGUCGACACCAUCGUCAGCCACAUCGUCAACAACAAAGUCAACCACACCGUCGACAACAAAGUCAACCACACCGUCGACAACAAAAUCAACCACGCCAUUGAUAAUAAGUUCAAUCACACCGUCGACAACAAAAUCAACCACACCGUCGACAACAAAAUCAACAACACCGUCAACAACAAAAUCAACUACACAGUCGACAUUAAAGUCAACCACACCGUCGACAACAAAAUCAACCACGCCAUUGAUAAUAAGUUCAAUCACACCGUCGACAACAAAAUCAACCACACCGUCGACAACAAAGUCAACCACACCGUCGACAACAAAAUCAACAACACCGUCAACAACAAAAUCAACUACACAGUCGACAUUAAAGUCAACCACACCGUCGACAACAAAAUCAACCACGCCAUUGAUAAUAAGUUCAAUCACACCGUCGACAACAAAAUCAACCACACCGUCGACAACAAAGUCAACCACACCGUCGACAACAAAAUCAACAACACCGUCAACAACAAAAUCAACUACACAGUCGACAUUAAAGUCAACCACACCGUCGACAACAAAAUCAACCACGUCAUUGAUAAUAAGUUCAAUAACACCGUCGACAAUAAAAUUAACCACACCGUCGACAACAAAGUCAACCAACCCUGCGACAACAAAAUCAUCUACACCGUCGACAACAGAAUCAACCACACCGUCGACAACAAAAUCAACCAAACCGUCGGCAACAAAAUCAACCACGCCGUUGGUAACAAGUUCAAGCACACCGGCGGCAACGAAAACAACCACACUAUCGAUAACGAAACCAAUAAGACCAUCGGUACCAACAUCAUCAACAAUGAAAUCAAACAAACCGUCUACAAUAAAAACAACCACGUUAUCGACUCCAUCACCGACAAUAAUCUCAAUAACGCCAUCGACAACGAUAUUAACACGUGUGACAACAUUCACUCAAUCACCGACAGUAAUCUCAAUAACGCCAUCGACAACGAAAUUAAAACGUGUGACAACAAAAUUAAUAAUACAAUCGUCAAAGAAAUCAAGUACGGCGUUGAUAACACAGUCAUUCGUCCCAUCAACAGCAGAAUCAGAGCGGAUGACGACUUAUUCGCCAACAAGUGUGACAACAAAAAUAAUCACAUCAUCGACAACAUUGCGACCAGAACUACCCACAACAAAGUCAAACAAAAUGCUUUCAACGACAUCACCAGGAGAAGUGAGUGGACAAGUUGGAAAAGUUGUGAACCCAACGGAUGAUAACAAGAGCAACACUAUACCUGUGGCACUUGGAAUAACAGGAGGUGUAAUAUUCAUUAUAGGGAUUUUGGCAAUAUUUCUUGUUCUCAAAAGAAGACAACAGCCAUUCAGUCCUAUGUUUGAUGAUGACAUAUUGACAGACGAUAGCCAUAUCCCAGUGAGUGGGAGUCUACAUCUGCGACUGGACCAAAUACCUACCGUAAACUGUUCAACUCCGGGUAACAGGCAGAUUGGAAUAGACAAUCCUACAUAUGGAACUGCGCAUAAUGAAUCGGAGUCAUAAUCUGUUACUUUCAUUCGUUUGUUUGUUCAACUUGUGCUGCCAAUACGGCAAUAACUGAUGGAAAAUAGAAUCAAUCUCACAUAACAUGAAACUAGUUUACAUACGGCUAUGUUCUACUAGCCCCGUAUAAUAAAUACAAUAGGCGAACCUAAAGAAUUAAAUUUACACCCGUGUUUCCUUUAGAUGGCUGACAUACUGCAUCGAUCAUCCAGUAAACAUGACCGUCCAAAAGAGAAGAUUCGCUUACAGAAGUUCAGUGUUCACUACACGCAUGUACAGCUUGUUUCCGAGACAAUCAUUUGUAUCGGCAUUGGCACGAAGGACCUACAUUUUUCUACUUUAGUUCCUUGUGCUAAGGUAGCCUGGCUACUGGCAAUAUUUCCACUUGAGUUCCUUAUGAUAAGAUUGUGGCGCGGACUGGCAAUAUUCCCGUUAAGUUCCGUUUGCUAAGAUGAUAACACCUUACUGUGAAAUCAUUUAAUUUCGUGGGCAUGGAAUUUCGUGGUUUUGGUCAUAAUGGCAAUUUCGUGGAGAUUUAAUUCGUGAGUUUCAACUUAUGAACAUAAAAUGAAUGGGAAUUUUACUUUUUCGUUAGGAUUAAAUUUCGUGGAUUGACUCAACCACGAAAUCCACGAAAAUACGUCCCCAACGAAUAUUAAUGACUUGACAGUAUUUUUAGAUUGUUGCGCGAGGGGCUGGCAGUAUUUCAGGUUUAGUACCUCAUACUAAGGAUGUGGCAAGGUAGUCUGGCAAUGUUUCCUGUUAAGGACCUUGUACUAAGACUUUGGUCGCUACUCAAACUUAAAAGUGUUAUAAGGUCAUACACGGAAAAUAGCAGAGUCGAAGAAAGUGACAGACAGUUUUAUACCAACUACUCUGUCUAUUAGUAUAAAUGUGCGGUUCAAUAAUUUUGUACAUAUGAAAAUAUUUCAGAAGUCUUUCCCACCACUUAAUGGAUUAAGAUGACCAUAUAUCGAAUUAGUUGGUUUCAAACUACAAGGAAAACAAAACUAAAAAAGCGCAUUAUGGCACAAGCCCUUCCUGUCAGUAUUAUAGCCAGAUCAUUUCCCUUAAUUUCCAUUUAUUUCAACGUUGGAUAAAAUGCAAACAUUAAACAUAUACGAUUAGUAUAAUCCGUUCCAAAAUAACCUUACACUUACUUAGACAUGACUAAAAGCAAAAACUGUUAAGAAAGCUGAUAAAGAUACAAAAUGAUACAUGA